GCCGCGCCCUCCCGAGCGCCAUGCUGGGCCUUCGUGGAGUGGCGCUCGCGCGGGGCCUGCGGGCCGGGGUGUCCGCCUGGCUGCGGGGCUCGAGCUGCCGUGCCCUGGGCCUGGCGCACACAGCAAGCGCGCCCCGCUCGGGAGACUGGCGGUCCCCAGCCUCACCGCAGUCACACGGGCGCCCGCUCAGCCUGUCGGCUGCAGCGGUCGUAAGCUCGGCGCCCCGUCCCCUGCAGCCGUAUCUGCGCCUCAUGCGUUUGGACAAGCCUAUUGGAACUUGGCUACUGUAUUUGCCAUGUACCUGGAGCAUUGGUUUGGCAGCCGAACAAGGUUGUUUUCCAGAUUGGUACAUGUUAUCCCUCUUUGGCGCUGGAGCUAUUCUGAUGCGUGGAGCAGGCUGUACUAUUAAUGACAUGUGGGACUGUGACUACGAUAAAAAGGUUACAAGAACAGCAAAUCGCCCGAUAGCCGCUGGAGAUAUUUCAAUUUUUCAGUCCUUUGUUUUUCUUGGGGGACAGCUGACCUUGGCACUGGGUAUUCUUCUGUGUUUGAAUUACUACAGUAUAGCUCUGGGAGCAGCAUCCUUACUUCUUGUCAUCACCUACCCACUAAUGAAGAGAAUUACAUACUGGCCUCAGUUAGCCUUGGGGCUUACUUUUAAUUGGGGAACUUUACUUGGAUGGUCUGCUAUCAAGGGUUCCUGUGAUCCAUCUGUGUGCCUGCCUCUUUAUUUUUCUGGAGUUAUGUGGACACUGAUAUAUGAUACUAUAUAUGCCCAUCAGGACAAAAGAGACGAUGCUCUGAUUGGUCUUAAGUCCACAGCACUGCGGUUCCAAGAAAACACCAAGCAGUGGCUAAGUGGCUUCAGUGUUGCCAUGAUGGGGGCUCUGAGCCUAGUGGGACUGAAUAGUGAUCAAACUGCACCAUACUAUGCUGCUCUGGCCACUGUCGGAGCCCAUCUAGCUCACCAGAUUUACACUCUAGACAUCCACAAACCUGAGGAUUGUUGGGACAAAUUUACCUCCAACCGAACAAUAGGAAUAAUCAUUUUUUUAGGGAUUGUCUUUGGGAACUUGUGGAAAGAAAAGAAGAUAGAUGAAACAAAGACAAAUAAAGAUAGUAAAAUAGAAAAUUAGCAAAUAAGUUUAGGAAUUGGUAAAACAAAUUCUGACAAAACACUCAGGCUUUAUAAGCACGUAAUGCAACUCAUGCAAUAUGCUAAAGAAGUAAGAACCAAAAAAUGAAGAUAUAGAUCAUAUUUGCCUGGAUUUUAAUUCAUCUGUUUGCUAGCAAAAUUUUUCCCCUGUCACAGAAACCAGGGACUCUAAGAUUUGAGAUGACUUUGAGUAUUUAAGUUGAUGCAUUCUUCUGCCCAUUAUAAUUCUCUUUUGAAGUUAUGGAAAUCAUAAUGAGUUUUGGCACUUUAGAAAACCCCAGAUGUGUAUCUCAUCUGAAUGAAUGUCUCUGUAGGAAAAUGUAAUCUCUAUUUAUUUUUUAUAUUAUCUAAUUAUAAUUUAUAAAAUAGAAACAUGUUUGAAUGUACUGUUCCUUCCCUUGACCCCUUCAGAACAUUUCCAACACAGCAACCAGAGGAAUUCUCUUAAGUGACCUAAGUAAGGUCAUAUCAUUCCUCUGCCCAGAAUCCUCCAAGAUCUCCCGUGGUCACUCAAAACAAACUUAGAAUCCUGUUACCUGCUAGACUUCCAUGAUCUGGCUUCAUCUCUCAUUACUCUUCAUACUCACACCUGCUCCAACCAUGCUGUCUGCCUUACUGUUCUUAGAAUAGGCAGACUCCUACCCUACGACCUUUUCAUUUACUGUUCAUUUUGCUUGAGUUAAAAUUAGAUCUUACUCCUUUACUGCAGGUUUUUUCUCUUCUCCCACUUCCCUCCCUCCCACCCUUCCUUCCUUCCUUCCUCUUUUUCUCUAAGUGAAUUGUGAUCCUCCUGCCUCUACCUCCCAAGUCACUGGACUAUAAGCAUGCACCACUGCUGCUAGCUACCAGGCUUUUCUUGGUCAUUGUUUCUAAAAUUUUACACAAAUAUCACCCAUACUUCCUGUCUCUUUGCUCUUUAUUGCUUUUUUCCUUCAGCACUUACUGUUAACCUAAAAUACCUUUUACUUAAUUUAAGUGACUAUCAUGUACAAUGAGGUGAAGAGGAGUCACUUAUAUAUGUGGGUUGCAGGCAGCAGUAAAUGUUAACGUGCAUAAUAUUGAUGACAAUGAUGAUAAUGCAGCUGAAAGAACACUUAUAUAUGCCCAUCACUGAUCAAUAAGCAUAGGAAAAAUUGUUUAACUUUUUCCAGCAAAUGAUGAAACACUGAAAGUGUUAAGACUUAGGACAGAAGUAGAAACUGUAACCCAGCUAUAGUAGCAAUGAGUUGAGGGAGGAGGAAGUAGGAACAUGGUACCCUACUUUUAAUUAAAUAUGAUUGCCUUUAAUUUUAUCUAAUUCUUACACUGCAUCAAGAUAGAAUUUAAAUCUGUUGAUUUGUUCUCUCAAUACUAUCACAUUUUAUUUUUUAAAGCUUAAACAUCUUACCCUGUUAGCACUGGCUUCAGUUAAAAGGAGGAUGAAUGGCAGUGGUUUUAUUUUUCUAAGUUGAUGAAAGUUGAAACAAAUUUUGGAAUCAGUAAAAAUCUUGCAGCCAUUUGUGAUAAAUGGGGACAGGAGAAGAGAAAGUUAAUUCAUAGAUUCACUUGCUCUCAAAAGCUGCUAAAACUUAACUGAAUCAUUUUAGUUAUUUUACAUUUCUGCUUUUGUCUUCCACCAGACAAGCAGAAAAAUAAUAUAAAUGGGUAAGGGUGAGAUAGGAAAAAAAGAUGAAGUAGGAUAUUAGUCUCUAGAAUCAAGGACUCAAAACAUUUCAGGGUCAGAAAGAACAGCAGUCAUUCAUCUACAGUGAGGAUUGUCUGUCCCUUGCAUAAUUAUGAGGGAUAUUGCCAGACAUUUAUGACAGUGAAAGCCACCAGUCUUGCCUUGGGAAAUCCAUUCAGUGGAUAGAGUGCUUGCCCUAGACUUCUUUGGAUUCUGUGAGUCUGUGUAGAGAAAUGAGUGAAAGAAUUUUAUAAAUUGUGGACAGUCGUCUUAAAUAAGAUUAUGAUGUGGGUGGAAAUAGAGUGGAAACUACAGGGUGUAGAAAUUACUUCACAAGUGCUGCCUCUCCCUCUUCCUGAAUUUCUUUGCUGCUUUGCUCAAUGCCUUUACCAGACUGGAAAGGCUUUUCACAAGCGGGCCAUACCCUCCUGUUUCCCAACUCAGCCUCCAACCUCUACCCUCAGGGCUGGUCUCUUUGCUGUCCGCAGGUCACCCUCAUACACCGUUUUGUCAUUACAACUGUUCUGCCCGAGUAGGAUGGUGAGACCCAGCUUCUGGAGUAAUAGGCCAGGGUGUGAAUCCUGGCAAUCUUCAGCUAGGAUCUCUCUGGCACGUUAUCCUCAUCUGCCAAACUCAGCUGUCAUCAACAUUUAACUGAUUUGGUAUAUUAUAAUCUCACUUUUAUCCCCCACAAAACUUCAUAUAUUGAAGUUCUAACCCUUUGUAUCUCAGAAUGUGUCUGUAUUUGCGGAUAAGAUCUUUAAAGAAGUGAUUGAAUUAAUAAAAUGAGAUCUUUAGUGUGUAUACUAAUCCAAUGUGACUCAUGUCCUUAUAAGAAGAGGGAAAUCCUAGAUAUAUACACUAGACAAAUAUAUGCAGAGAGAGACAACCACAUGAACACUUAGCAAGAAGGUAGCUGGCAUCUGCAAACAAAGAAGAGAGUCCUCAGAAAAAGCCAACCUGCCAGUACUUUGAUUUCAACCAUUUUGCAUCCAGAACUGUGAUGAAAUAAAUUUGUUUUUUAAACCA